CGCGGCCCGGCUGGACAGUCAGAACGUCCAACGUAGCGGGCAAAGAGCACGGCCUGAAGUGCGCCGAGAUGGCGACGGGCCUCUUCCCUCCGUCUGUUGAUCAGAAGAGGGCAGACACGCUGGGUAUCAAAGACAGACUGGCAAGUCUACUGCCGCCCGACCAGGGACUUGUCUAUUGGACGAGUCUCGUCGACUUUCUCACCGGCAAGCUGAGCCGAGAUGAGUUCGAGGAGGCAACACAGUCUGCCCUGCGUCGCGGUGGGCCAGAAGCAGCUGAGCUCCACACGGCACUCAUCCUGUCUGUCCUCUUCAACACAUCCAGAUCGUCCGCCACGCCUUCGUCGAGACACUCGGGCUGGUCUAAGCGUAGAAGGCUAGAAGGCGAUGACUUGCUCGAGCGGGACUCGCAAAGGGCAAGGCUGAGAAACCAAGUCAUGUCGCUCGGUAAGAGGGAGCGAGCGAGACUCAAACAGCUCAAUACGAUCGAUCUAGCCCAGUCCGCCAAUGCAGCAUCCAAAGCCAAGGUCAAUGGCACCUUGCCGGCCGCUUCUCCGACUAGCCCGACGCGACUGGGCGCAGACGGUCAAGCGCUCCUUGCAAAGCCUCGCGUUGAGAUUGUCAAGCCAGGCAGUGCCAAGGCCAAAGAGGGGCCUGUGUUUCCCAAUGCUGAAGUCUCUACUCAAGAUUACAAUCGAUGGCAACAAGCGCCGCUGUGCCUCGAGAGCAAACGCUUACCAGAUCAUGAGAGCCUGACCGACCGAAUGAGUCUCAUUGCAUGCGAUAGCGGGCUCUCAGCCGGCGUGGACAAGCCGGCAGUCUCGCUCAUGCUGCUCGCCGUCGAGCGUCACAUCAGGACACUCCUCACGAGCGCACUUGACGUCGUCCGUCCGAGUCGUCAUCAAGAAGCUGCGGUACUCUUGCCGGACGAAGUUCCAAAAACUGCUGCGGAACUCGUCAGAGGCCUAUCGCCCGAGCCUGCGACGAGUCAUUCUCUGGCUCUGCGCGAUCUCGCCACUCUGUUCGAGAUCUCGCCCUCGACGACUGUACAGUCACACAUGGGUGCCAUCGAGCGACCACUCGCAUUACUGGACACGACGGCCAUGCCUGCAGAUCAUGUUUCGAAAUAGAAGUCUCAUUGUAGGUUGUACAGAGCUGCAUGUCAUUCGUACAAGCAUGCGAUGACUUAGACGCUCUCGUCGAUCUCGUCGCAGUAGCAUGCCAUUAGUGCGCUGUUCCGUUGCCAUUUGCAUGUCCGUUUGCAUGCUUUUGUUUGCUAGCCG